AUGGUCCAGGCGAGAAGAAAAUGCAGCAAGGAGAGUCAACGGUGGUCGAGCGACGCAGCAAGUGUUUAUAUAGUUGGAGGGAAACAGCGGGGGCAGGCGGUCAGGGACGGCAGGACCCAUUCUAGUUUAGCGCAGAAUCAAGGCACACUAAACCCGAACAAGGGUAGGGAGCCGAAAGCGGCCACGUCGGCAGCCAAUGACAAUUGUCCCACGCACCGUCGUCAAAAGUAUACAGCACUACGGAGUAGUCCAAGCUCCAACCGUUCAAUGGCCUUGGGUGGAUCGGAGUUCCCCAAGGAUGGACAGCAACUCAAGGGGAUUGUUUCGAGCGGCAGAGAGAGGGUUGGUGGAGAUGGCCAUUCGCUGUUUCCGGGCGCUUUCAACGUCUCAGAUGGGGGUGAAGCGGAUCCACUCGAUGAAUUUUGCAUUGGCCCUUUGUUUGUCCUGGCCAGCAACAAGCCCGGGCCCACCGCCGCCUGGUGCCAGCGUGAAGUAGACAAGAAGCCGAAAAAAAGCCAAGUCGGUCCAAGCCCGCGCUGGAGGCCUGGACAUCUGAACUUCUCCUUGCUCCUCCUUCAACAACCCCAACGCGCUGUGCAGAGGAGGCCGUUGAAGAUGCAACAACAUACCCCCAGUCCUCACCCGCUGCGGCUAGUCGUUGGCGGCCAUGCGCUGCCCUACAGACUAGAUGAGCCCGUUCUCACCACCUCCCAGCCGAAUGUCCACUCCUCGUCCGACCGUUUAGCUUCCAGAAACCCUCCCGCGAUGAAGUCCCAUACUAGAGACCCAUCUGCUGCCCGCGGGAGAGCUACCGACUCUUCUCCCGGUUCCCUUCAACCCCUACAACCGCAACCACAACCCCGGCUACGUACGCAGUCACACUCCAAAAGCCCCGAGUCCGUCGGUACACGAUCAGCUACAAGUCUAGAUGGCGAAGGCCUCGAGAGACGACCUUCCAAUUCGGCAUACGGACACCAUCGCCAGGCCUCAAUAGUCCAUGGAAGCAUCCAGCACUCGAGGAAUGCAAGUUUCGCAGCUUCUUCCGCUAAUCCCGGCCCUCUAAGCCCGGAAGGAAUUGCUACUGCCGCAUAUGGGGUUUCCCACGCCCUUGAUUCCCCUUUGAAUGGAAAACGAGAUCCUCAAGAAUACUCUUCUGGAUAUACUGGGGCCGGAACCCCUGCCACUGGCCACAUGCAGCCGGCGACCCUCACAACUAUCCAGGAUAAUCACCAGGCUGAAAUCGCAAGUGAGCCAUCUUCUCAGCGUAAGGCAACUACAAGUGGGAAAUCACGACGAGACCAUUCUCAUCAUCCAUCACAUUCUUCCAAGCAUUCACAAGAGGCGAGGACUGUUGGAGAAUAUGCCCUCCACCAUCUGUUCAACUCGUUCGUUGGUCAAGCGGAUGAGAAAAUAAACCAAUGCAUUUUAAGUAUCGGUGAAUUUGACACGCCCGUGGAGCAUAUUUGCGGCCCAGGUGCGGAUCCGAUUUUUGACCAACUCAUUUCAGCCCUGGGCCACAUUGCAAAACAAAAACCGAAACCCUUGAUAGAUACAAUUAUGGUUUGGAGAAAGGCCAAGGGAGAAGCUGCGACUGCGGCUAAACAAGCUGCCAGCCAUGCAAAGCAAGCUCCCCCAUUUGUGGCGGCUCUUUCGCGCCGCAAUACUGAACCUACGCAACCGGGGCCUGAAAAUCAAGAUUCCAGCACGAUGCCGAACAACUCACUCCUCUCUCCGGUAUCGCGCCAAGAAGACGUAGUACUUGCUGAACGGCGUGCUACAGUUUCCAUAUACCUCGUCUGCCGCGUGUUGAUCGAAAUUUUCAACCAGAGCACGCUGCAAGCCAUCACUACUGAAAUGGCAGAGAGGUUAGAAGACAUUGUUUUCGGACAAUUAAAAACAGUCGAUCCGGACCAAAUUGCUGCAUCGCCACUUCGAAUGGCAAACUGGCGAAUUUAUGGCCAACUUUUGGGCAUUAUGAGCGAAUCUAACUUUGACAGCGUUUCAAAUAGAUUCCUUGCGGAGCUGAGCCAAUUUCAGAAGGAUGAUUUCAGAUUAGCAACGACGAAGGAAGCGGAGACGAAAGCAGAGCUACUUGUAUUUGGGAUGAGGCAUCUACAAAUUAGGACAUCCCCAGAGGAUGCUUGGAAUGAAAUCACGCGAAUUGCGCUCCCGGGCGGUAGGAGAACGUAUUUAACCACGGAGACUGCGGUGGCAGAGCCGUUGACGCAACUGGUUCGGAUGGUCGGCUAUAAACAUCCUGAUAUGUGUUUCAGAGGUGUAAUCUUUCCGCUGGUUAACUCGGACCUCAUCAUGUCCGGCAAAGAAUUGAAAAUCGAACAAAUGGAGCCGGAAAAGAUGGUUAUUGGGAUCCGCUCUUUUCUAGCAAUAAUGGCCGAUUUGGACCAUGGGGGCCAAGAGCCACCACCGUUUCCGCAAGACUUUGCCGUUAUGGAUCAACCUUUUGCCACAUCUUUUCCCUUUGCCGACCCGCGAGUACCACUGGACCAUCUAAACCCGAACAAAAAUGUCCUACAUGAGACCGUUUUCCGUCCUGUAAAUACCGCGAAGCUGAGUGAAAAUUCCAGGAAAUUUUACUACCGCUUCUGUGAAAUAUUAGGCAAGAUCACCAUCUUAUGCGAUAACACUUUUGGUGGCCAGGCAGCUUUGGAUGAGAAGUUUGGUGGCGUCACUCCCAAAACCCCAAUCACGGAAGCCUUCAGCUUUGGAAGAAGGGAUGAUCAUUCGAACGGCCCUGAUCAAAAACAAGCCUUUUAUGAUUUAUUACAUGUUGCUGUCCAAGCUCUCCCACGAUGUCUUUGCGAUCACAUACCUUUCAAUUCUUUGAUAAAUUUACUGUGCACAGGAACUGCUCAUGUACAGUCUAAUAUUGCCACUUCUUCCGCCGAAUCUCUCAAAUCCAUUGCUCGCCUGUCCCAUGCCCAACAUGUUGCAAUUGGGUUCGCUCGAUUUAUAUUCAAUUUCGAUGCAAGAUACUCGACCAUGUCUGACGAGGGGAUGCUGGGUCCGGGCCACAUCGAGUCCACCUUGAAAUUACAAAAGAGCAGAGAUGCAACUUCGGAGCCGUCAGAGAAUGGUGGAAGUGGAAGCAGGGGGCUUCAGCUGGAUUUGUCAGCUGUCAUGGCCCAUGUAGAGGAGAUCGAAUCCCACGGGCUGUUCUUUUUGUGUUCGCAGUCGAGACGAGUUCGUGCGUUUGCGAUCACUGUUCUGCGGCUUGUUACUGAGUUCGACAGCGCCCUGGGCAAGACUGGGAAGGAUGUGCCCCGUAUAAUUCAGAUUUUGGAAGACGCCUCGUAUAACGUUCUAGAUCUGAAGGAUGAGCUGCUCACUGUUGCAGAAAGAAGCCGCCUUCAAAAAGGGAAACAGCAAAAUGGGCCACAAAACACCCUCAUAGAGAUCUGCAGCAGCGAGGUUUCCUAUGACUCUACCUUGUGGUCCAAGGUAUUUCCGAAUCUCAUCCGGAUCAGCUUUAGAACUUGCCCAUUUGCUGUAACCUUGGGGCGAGAAAUUGUCUGUGCUAGAUUAGUUCAAAUGCACAACAGCAUCGCUGCUCUCGCUGAAAAUUUUCAACCGGGACAGUAUGGCUCUCUUGAUAUUGCCCAUGGUCGACCGGUUCCCCGUAGCAGCAAUUCGCCUGACAUCUUGGUUGAGCAGUGGAAACUGUACUUGAUAAUGGCCUGCACUACCAUCAACACAGCCGGAGCACAGUCUCAAAGCCAACUUGCCAAUGCUCAGCAUGCACGUAAAACCUCGAAGGCGGGCCAGCAUCCCCAGGAUAAAAUCGGUUCUGCUAGAGCAUUGUUUGCCACUGUUAUUCCUCUUCUCUCCGCUGGCCCUGACUCGAUUCGCAAUGCCAUUGUUGUCGCCCUUGGUUCUAUCAACAAGAAUCUAUAUCGAACACUGCUAGAAUCGUUGCAGUAUGCGGUUACUACAUGCAAUGAAGAGGCCCGAGUCCGAAUUGGAACGCACAAUAGGACCCCCAGUAGCCCCCGGCGAAACAGGAGAACUGACAGGCUGCGAACUGAAGUCACCAACGUCUACAAGGUAACAUCUCACUUUUUGAAGGAGCCGGAGGUGUACAAUGACGACUGGAUCCUGAAUAACCUCGUAACGUACACGAAAGAUUUGCGGAUAUUUCUCAGUGACGUUGAGGUGCAAAAUGACCUUGAGUUCCAAAGGCUCAGAUUUCAUUAUUGCGGUCUAUUGGAAGAGCUAUUCGAGGGUAUCAAUAAAUCCAAAGACCCCUCCCGCUGGAUGCCGUUCGAGUCUAGGAAAUCUGCAUUUUCACUCAUGGAAGAUUGGUGUGGUUAUUCUCCGAACCAGUCCCAACUUGCUGCCCGGGAAGAAAAUAUGAGGAAGCUUAUGAUUGCGCGGCAACGAGAAGCGUGGGAGGCUCGAAGUACUGCAGCAUUGGAAAUCGAGAAGCGGAAUCUGCGGACGGCUGCGCUGAGUGCUAUGGCUUCUCUGUGCGGUGGGCCUAUCAAAAUAACUACGGAGAGCAAAGCUACCCUCCAAUUCGAUAUGCGUCGUAUGCUUUCCUGGAUUGAUAUUAUUCUUAAUACCGUGAGCGACAAACUGCACGCCAUUGGCCGACGAGCUCUGAAGAACUUGAUCGUCCAUAAUAAAGACCUUCCGUACCUAUUAGAACAGUCGAUCGAAAUGUGCUAUAUCUCUGAAAGCCCGAAGGCAUUAGAGAGCUACUUCGAUGUCGUUGCACAGGUUCUGAUGGAGCACACUGAUUAUCCAUUCGCAUUCUGGAGAAUCCUCGGGGCUGUUCUUUUCGCCCUGGGAAACGCGAAGCGAGAAAUCCGAAUGAAAUCUGCACGCUUGUUACGGACCCUUGAGGAACGGCAGCAGAAAAGCUCUAGGAUUCAGGACUUCGACAUUAGCAUAUCCGAUAAGACAACCGCUGUCUACAAGCUAGCACAAUUUGAAACUUCCAAACGGUUGGCGCAACAACACGCUGACCUAGCAUUCACCAUAUUUUCCGAGUUUUCACUGCACUUCAAGAAAAUCCAACCUGACACUCAACGGAACAUGGUAGCAGCUAUCCUUCCGUGGAUUCAGGCAAUAGAGCUCCAAGUGGACCCGAAUGGCGGACCAACAGCCAAGUCAUAUAUGCUCCUUGCCAAUCUCUUCGAGAUCACAAUUCAAUCUGGUAAUGUUCUUCCUAACGAAGUCCAAGCCCUCUGGCAAGCACUUGCGACCGGGCCUCACGCGGGCAAUGUGCAGCUGGUUCUCGACUUCAUCAUCCAGCUCUGUCUGGAGCGGAAGGAACAAAAUUUCGUAGAUUAUGCGAAGCAGAUCAUAGUAUUCCUGUCUACGACUUUGGCCGGUUCUAAAGUCAUUGAGUUUUUUCUGAUGCAAAUCGUACCUAAGAAUAUGGUUCAAGAACGGAGAGAUCCACUCCCUCCACCAUCCGAUUUGAAAAGCUUGCCCUAUGUUGCCGACCUUGGGACUGUUUUGCCUGUUGGUAACAAGCAGGCUGGAUUUUCCCUUGGUCAAGUUUCUCUCAUUUUCCUGGUCGACUUGAUGGUUUCGCCUGUUACACUUGGACUGGACAAUGUUAUCAAACUUCUCCAUACUGCUCUUAUUUUCUGGGACCAUUACACUCUCACCGUUCAAGAGCAGGCCCGAGAGAUGCUUGUCCAUUUAAUCCACGAACUUGUCGCCUCGAAAAUCGGUGAUUCCCCUGAUGGCAUGCGGACAUCUAUUGAGGAUUUUGUUGAAUGUAUCCGACGGGGGGACACCGCUGUCGUUUGGGACUAUGAAGACAAUAAUGGCGGCGAGGAUGACCAAGACCCUAGCAGAGUUCCUGUGUCUAUGCAUCGGGUGACUCAAGAUGUAGCGAAUUUCUUCUCUACUGCCUACGAAUCAGUGAACGAUAUAUGGGCGAAGGAGGCGUUGAACUGGGCUACGUCCUGUCCUGUCCGUCAUCUUGCAUGUCGAUCCUUUCAAGUGUUCAGAUGCAUCUCAACAUCCCUUGACUCGAGAAUGCUAGCGGAUAUGCUCGCGCGAUUGUCUAAUACCAUUGCCGACGAGGAAACCGAUUAUCAAACCUUCUCGAUGGAAAUCUUGACCACGUUGAAAAUUAUCAUCAAUUCUCUUGCGCCGCAGGAUUUGCUCCGUUACCCCCAACUCUUCUGGACAACGUGUGCGUGCCUUAACACGAUUCACGAGCGCGAGUUCAUGGAGAGUGUUGGCAUGCUUGAAAAGUAUCUGGAUAAGGUGGAUAUGCGUGAUCCGGCCGUUUUAACGAAACUCCGGGAGAGCAAGCCACCCAAGUGGGAAGGUGACUUUGAGGGAAUACAGGUUCUGAUAUACAAGGGCUUGAAAUCUGGUGAAUCGCUAGACAAGACUCUGUCCGUUUUGCAUCGGCUCACUGCCCUCCCCAAUGACGAACUGGUGGGUGACAACAACCGACUACUCUUUGCAAUAUUGGCAAACCUCCCGGUCCUCCUUCACCAGUUUCAUCUUCCAGAACGGCCGAAAGAAGUGGUAGAGCGCGCGAGGCUGCUUGCUUCAAUUUCUGAGAACAACGGCUAUACUCGCUUUUCUGACUGCUUAUUCGGCUUCUCAAGCGGCCAUUAUAAGCUCAGUCAAGAUUUUUUAGUGGACUCUGUCGAAGCUAUUCGGUCCUACUACUUCCCUGAGCAGGAGGCGCAAACGCUUAUUUUUCUCAUUGGGUUACUUACGAACACGACGGCAUGGUUUCGAAUUAUGACUAUGAAGAUACUGUGUACCAUUAUUUCUGAAAUCGACAUGCGUCGUCCUGAAGUCGCAUGUUAUGGACCGGAUCUCAUAUCCCCGUUACUUCGACUACUUCACACUGAUUUGUGUCCCCAGGCCCUGGAAGUGAUGGACCACAUAAUGACCGUUUCCGGAAACCCAAUGGAACGCCAUCACCUGAGAAUGAGUAUGGCUUCCGCAUGCUCAUCUCGAGCCAUCCGCAAGGAGUUUGAACGCAUCCAAAGCCUGUAUGGAAUACCUGAACGAACUGGCUGGUCUAUCCCGGUGCCCGCUGCCCAGUCUGCCCUGACGAGAAACAAUGUUCAUGCUGUUUUCUACACUUGUGCAGAAGCUGAUGGAUCAGAGCAAACUCCUGCAUCCCCUGAAAUGGAGUUCCACGUGGAGGAAUACAACAAUUUGUAUUCCCCGGGUCUACGAGCUGACACGAUGAAAUCUUUCGACACACAGAAUGACGGAAACAUGGGAGACCUGCUGCAGAAACUGGACAGCCUUGAUGACUUCUUCGACGAAACUGAGGCGAUUCCGCGACCCCUGAAUUCGAUUUCAGGCACUACACUGCACAGUUUCGUAAGCGAUUUCCACGACGCCAGCGCCAAUCUCUAUGAUCAGCAAACCGCUCCCCUGCUACGAAAGUCCCUAGCUCGAACAGCUUCAUCUUCGUCCUUCCAGAACGGCCUUGCUGAAUCUAGACCAACAACCAGCCGCACUGAGGCAAAUGGGAUGCACUCGUCUCCUUUAGGUGUGAACCCCGGCCUGCCACCUUCCCGGACUUCAAUGCACACACGAUCUGUAACAUCCCCCGCAAACGCCUAUCCGUCCAGCAGCCAGUCAUCGAUGCCAAUGUUCGGAAGUUCAUCAGCAAUCCCAUUCCUAUCCGACGACGAGCUGGAGGAAGCCCUCUCAGACUCCGACGAUCGUUUAGUCCUCGGCCAACCAGCGUCCAACUCAACCACAUCUCCCCGCCACGGCAAUGAAGGCCCUUUUUCCCUCGAGUCCGUUAUCCGCAGCAGCGUGCGUCGCUUGACUGGCGGCACAUCCUCUUCCAGAGAGAAAGAACGCCAGAGGGACUUGUUGAGAGCUCAGCAACGUGCGUUUGUCCAUACAACCAGCUCGCCACGCGUUCCGAGGGUCCCACAAGAAUAUCUUACAGGUCCAUCGGGUGGUCUUCAGGGUGCCGCGGCAAGCGGUUCCAGCACUACCGGUGCCGCUUCGAGUGACCCUACUUCUCCAGGGCAUUGA